GGAUUUUCAUGUCAGUGACUGUUAUUGUGUUGAACGGGUAAAAUAUACGGGAAACCUUUGAUGAAAAGUCUUCGUCGCAGACUUUUUUUUAAUCUAAUCUAGGUUUGUGAUGAAGUGAAGCUUAUUAGUGUGAGACAUUGAAACGAGAACUAUUUUUUAGUUUGAAAAUUCGUUGAAAAAUUCGAAAUACAUUGUGCCAAAUGACUCGUAGUGCACCGAAGAAUAUUUUAAAUAUUUAAAUUAUUUAGAUUCUGUUAGUGUUUUCAUUGCUGUCAGUGUUUCACAUUCGUUUUAAAGUGAAGUCCAACGUCUACGAUAUAGGAACUUUAAGUGACCAUGACAGCUACAAUGACGACCUCAAAUUUUGCUAAAUUCCGACUUUUAAUGUGGAAAAAUUGGCUGAUUCAAUGGCGACAUAAAUUGCGAACAAUCGUUGAAAUUUUAGCACCAGCUGUGUUCAGUGUACUUUUAGUUAUCAUCAGAGGAUUGGUGACUCCAACUCCUUAUCCUGAUCCAACAACAUAUCCACCAUUUUCGAUUAAUAGCUUGGAUACCCUAAAAGACAACAUCGAAAACAGAACAGAAGUAAUAUAUCAUUGGGCUAUAUUGUACACACCGCAGAAUGCACACAUAGAACAGCUGCUAAAUGAAACAUCUCAGCUGCUUGGUCUAGAAGCUGCGAUCGGUUUAGAUUCAAUUGAAGAUUUAGAUCUAACUCUGAUAAAUGAGAGGUAUUUGGCUGGACUCAUCUUUCAUCAUGACGAUAUUGUUGAUAUUCCCGACAAUCUUGAGUACUCAAUACGACUACCAAGCGAACUACGUACGCCAGACGGUUUUUUUCCUGCAACCUAUAACUGGAGGACUGAUCUAUUAUUUCCAAGAUUUGAAAUACUUGGUCCACGAAAUCGCGGAUCUGAAAAUGGUGGUGUUCCGCCGGGUUAUUACCAAGAGGGUUUUCUUGCCAUUCAAAAUGCCGUAGCUGGGGCAUUCCUUCAACUGAAAUCUGGUAAUACAAUGCCAGAGAUUUACAUUCAGAGAUAUCCUUACCCCCCUUAUCUGAGAGAUGUUUUGCUGUCAGGAUUAGAAACGCUAGUUUCUUUUAUCGUCUUACUUAGCUUCAUUUUUCCAUUCUCAAAUACCGUCAAAUUCAUAGCAAUUGAAAAGGAAAAACAGCUAAAAGAAUGGAUGAAAAUUAUGGGACUACCUAAUUGGAUACAUUGGACGAGUUGGUUCAUUAGAACGAUGAUCAUAAUGACAAUUUCUUUGUCGCUGAUGGUUUUCUUGUUAAAUGUUCCAUGGUAUCCAGACUCAAAUGUCUCGGUAUUUACUCAUAGCAACUGGUUGUGCAUUUGGAUAUUCUUGUUCGUAUUCUGCAUGACCACCACAACAUUCAGUUUCAUGUUAAGUGUAUUCUUUUCGAAAGCGACUACAGCAUCGGCCGUAAGCGGUCUUGUGUGGUUCAUAUUUUAUGCAGUCUACACGUUUACGAUAGUAACAUACGAUCGGUUAGAACUCUAUGAGAAAAUGCUUCUUUCGUUGCUGUCCAAUACGGCUAUGGCUUUCGGUUUUCAAAUAAUCAUCCGUUUGGAGGGUACCGGAGAGGGAUUACAAUGGCAUAAUUUCUGGCGGCCAGUUUCGGUUGACGAUGAUAUUUCAGUUGGUUUGAUUACCAUAAUGUUGUUGGUCUGCAUGGUUUUGUAUCUACUCAUUGCGUUGUAUUUUGAAAAGAUCCUUCCUGGUGAAUACGGUGUUCCUCAGCCAUUUUAUUUUCCAUUUACGAGACGAUUUUGGUGCGGCGAAAGGAGCUGGGAUUAUUCCGAUGAAGAUUAUCCGAAUGAAAAUCCGGAUCAUUUUGAAGAUGAUCCGACAAAUCUUAAUUGUGGCAUCAAGAUCAAGAAUUUAAGAAAAAUGUAUUCUCGAAAGAAAGUUGCUGUCGACGGUUUAUCCAUGAAUAUGUUUGACGAUCAGAUUACAGUCCUUCUGGGUCAUAAUGGAGCAGGCAAAACUACAACGAUGUCUAUGUUGACCGGAAUGAUCGUUCCCACAUCUGGUUCAGCGAUAAUAAAUGGGAAAGAUAUUCGUCGUGAUAUGGACGGUGUUCGGGCAUCUUUAGGCUUGUGUCCUCAACAUAACAUUUUAUUCGACGAAUUGACGGUUAGAGAGCACAUUGUAUUCUUCAGUGAGUUGAAAGGACUCAGAGGCAACCAAGUGAAAGAAGAAGUGGACAAAUAUGUAAAGCUGAUCGAUCUAAUACCAAAGAUUAACUCUCCAUCGAAAACAUUAUCGGGGGGAAUGAAACGGAAAUUGUGCGUUUGUAUUGCUCUCUGUGGUCAUUCAAAGGUAGUAUUAUUGGAUGAGCCAACCUCUGGCAUGGACCCUGCAUCAAGACGAGCCUUAUGGGAUAUGUUAAGAGUGGAAAAGCAUGGACGAACGUUACUAUUGUCAACUCAUUUUAUGGAUGAGGCCGACAUUCUGGGAGAUCGCAUCGCCAUAAUGUCGAAUGGAUCAUUAAAGUGUGUCGGCUCGUCACAUUUUCUAAAAAAGAAAUUCGGCAACGGAUACCACCUGAUUUGUGUGAAGAACGCAUCAUGCGUCACCGAAAAUGUAACAAAUCUGUUGCAACGGUAUAUACCGGAUGUUGUAGUGGGUGGCGAUAUUGGAACCGAAUUGUCUUAUCAACUAGCCGAAGCAAACUCGAAAGUAUUUCACCCAAUGUUCAAAGAGCUGGAAAACCGUUCCGCAGAACUGGGAGUGGACAGCUAUGGCAUUUCAUUGACGACAUUGGAAGAAGUUUUCAUGAAAGUUGGAAGCGAUUCGUCGAGGGAAACUCAUGACUUAGUGGUGGGAGCAAAUAUAAAUGAUAAUUUGAUAGACAUUGAGAACAGUGCGUAUGGAUCCAAGGAAGUUUUAAACUAUGCAGAGAAUAUUCCACUACUUACUGGUGCAAUGUUAUUGAGGAAUCAAGUGGUGGCAUUAUUCAAAAAGAAGAUACUGAUGAACUUCCGCAAUUGGCUACUUCUGUUGAUUCAAAUCGCCAUACCAAUACUGUUCAUUUGCAUAACUGUGGUAACGCAGCGUGCGUUGGGAUGGUUUUCGGAUCUACCUCGACUGAGGAUAUGGCUUCAAAGCUACCGAAGUAGUGUGACCGUACUAGAAACGGAAGAAACAGAUGGAACCUCUCUGGUGGGGAGGUUUGUCACACAAUAUGAGAAUCAGCUCAACAUUGACGGCGAUAAUCUGUUUGAAAGAAUUAGAGAAGGUUUCGAAGAGUUUAUUAUCCGGAUCUCGACAAAGUUUCUUGUAAGAGUUAACUCUGCAUAUUUGGUGGGAGCCACAAUCAGAAGUCCCAAUGAGAUAACAGCUUGGUUUAACAAUCAGGCGUUUCACACUGCUCCACUAUCAGUAUCGCUGGUUCAUAAUGCUGUUAUCCGAGCACAUCUGGGAGAAUAUCAUGGAAUCACAGUGUUUAACGACCCACAACCAUAUUCGGUUGAAUCGCGACUUAAUUUCUUACAGCACGGUGGUACAAUGGGUUUUCAAAUUGCUAUUAACAUUGGCUUUGCAAUGGCAUUCGUGGCUUCGUUUUACGUAAUGUCGUAUAUAAAGGAACGGAUGAUACGCUCCAAACUACUGCAAUUUGUAAGCGGAGCUAAUGUACUAACGUUCUGGGUAACGGCAUACAUCUGGGAUAUGUUCACAUUUUUGGUUACGGUGAUACUAAUGAUCCUCACAUUUGCAAUAUUCCAAGAAGAAGGUUGGUCCACUGCCUUAGAGCUGAGCCGAGUAUUUUUGGUAGUGUUUGCCUUCGUCUUUGCGAUUUUGCCAAUAACGUUCUUGGCGUCGAAAUUUUUCAAAGAGUCGGCCGACGGAUUUAGUCUUUUGUCGUUGAUUUACAUUGUAACUGGAAUUGCUUUCUAUUUCAUCGUGUUCAUAAUGUCCAUGGAGUAUUAUGACCUGGAAGACGUAGCGAAAAUAUUGACCUGGAUAUUCCUUCUGUUUCCACACUUCGCUCUAAGUCACGGCUUAAGUAACCUCAACAUGGUGACAAUUUACAAUCAAAUCUGUGAUACACAGUGCGCGUUGUCACCGUUCUGCCAAAAAAGGGAAGAUCUAUGCUACCUAGCGCCAAUACUGAACAUAACGGCACCAUGCUGUGAAAAUGAUUAUUUUGAUUUCGACAACUUCGGAAUCGGUCGGCACUUGCUUUACCUGUUCGUCAUUGGAACUGUUGUCUUCAUAAUACUUUUAUUGAACGAGUACGGCAUUUUCGCAUCUUUAUACUAUUCAAUUCGAAGUCGCUUCUCGAGAUUUUCUGUGGAAGCUUCGGAUGAAGCGCUAGACUCAAACGUUUCGGACGAGAAAGAUAGAGUGCAGAAUAUGUCGCCAAUGGAAAUAAAAAAUUAUAAUUUGGUGGUACGGAAUAUGAGCAAAGCCUAUGGCAAAUUCGUGGCUGUUAAUAACAUGUCUAUUGCUGUUCAAGAAGCAGAAUGCUUUGGCUUGCUGGGAGUAAACGGCGCAGGUAAAACAUCAGCGUUCAAAAUGUUAACGGGAGAUGAGACAAUUACGCAAGGCGAAGCGUGGAUACGCGGCUUAAGCUUAAAGAAAGAAAUGAACAAAAUCCGGAAGGUAAUCGGCUACUGUCCACAAUUCGACGCACUUCUUCUUGAUAUGACUGGUAGAGAAACGCUGGAAAUGUUUUGUUUGUUGCGGGGAAUACCUAUGAGUCGCAUCAAAUCAAUUUCGGUACAAUUGGCAGCUGAUUUGAAUUUCUUGGUCCAUAUGGACAAAAAAGUCAAAGAAUACAGUGGUGGUAAUAAAAGAAAGUUGAGUACAGCCGUAGCCCUAAUUGGAAAUCCACGUAUCGUUUACUUUGACGAGCCAACGGCAGGAAUGGACCCUGGCGCAAAACGACAACUGAUGGAUAUGGUGUCGAAAGUUCGCAGCACAGGCAAAUCAAUAGUGUUAACGUCUCAUCUUAUGGACGAAUGUGAGGCGCUAUGCACUCGCUUGGCAAUAAUGGUGAACGGUGAAUUUAAGUGUCUGGGAUCUGUGCAACAUCUGAAAAAUAAAUUCUCUCAAGGAUUUAAUUUGACGAUAAAAGUUAGGAAAAAUCUGUCGAUCGGCAAUUUAACUAAUGGAUUCCAUGAACAUAAUGGACUGAGGCCAUCCACUCCGUCAACACAACCGUCCAAUUCUUUAGCAGAAACGUUGGACGAUAUAAAGUACUUCGUCAAAGACAAGUUUUUCGGAGCUGAUUUGAAAGAAGAAUACAUGGGAUUGUUAACAUAUUUCAUUCCCAAAUCCGACCUGAAGUGGUCAACAAUGUUUCAGUUGAUGGAGGAUGCGAAGGAUAGAUUUAACAUCGAAGAUUAUUCGUUGAGUCAGACAAGUUUGGAGCAGGUCUUCCUAUCGUUCGCCAAGCUACAAAAAGAAGAAAGAAUAGAACGACGAAAUUGAAAUAAAAUAAAAUUAAAAUUAAGGUACGACCAACGUAAUUGUAGACCGUAGAAUCGAAUUUACUGAAAUAAUUUUUUUAAAC